AACCCAAGAUGGAGUGCUGUCGUCGAAUAUUAAAAAGCUUUAACCGUAACGGUGAGAACAAGUACCGGAAAAGUCCGGCCGUUAAAGAUGUCAACAACGCCAACAACGGUUCGGCGCUGAUUCGGGCAGCCAUGGGGGGUAAAGAGCAGCUGGUCAAAAGUCUUGUUCGGGGUGGAGUUGACGUCAACAGUACAAACAGGCACGGCCAGACGGCUCUUAUGGCCGGUGUUAUUUCUAAAAAUCUGGACAUUGUGGAGUUUUUAAUUCAAAACGAGGCGAAUAUUAAUCUAACAGAUAAAGUAGGUCAAACUGGCCUGAUGUACGCGGCGAAGAAAGGGUUAAAAUCUAUAGCUCAGCAUCUGAUAGAGAAGCACGCGGAUUUAACGGUGCACGACAAACACGGAAGAGAUGCACUCAUGGUUGCCUCGGAGACCGCGCAUGCGCAUAUCGUGGAGCUGCUUCUAAAAAAAGGAGCGGAUGUCAAUAGUAAAAGUGAAGGCGGGAUGAACGCGUUGAUGUUCGCAGCGACGAAAGGAAAUAUGAAUGUGAUCGAAGUUCUGAUCAAGUACAAUAUCGAUUACAAUGCGAUCAAUGAUAAAGGACAAAACGCGUUGAUGAUCGCUUCGUUUCAGGGACACAGUAAAGCCGCGGAGUAUUUUUGUGCAAUAGGGUUGGAUGUGAAUUCCGUCGACAAGGAAGGCUGGAGCUCUCUUAUGUUCGCGGCGUACCAAAACAACGUCAACGUUAUCAACACGCUGUGCAAACAUUCAGCCAAGAUGGACGCUAUCAACCGCCAUGAUAGAGACUGUUUCAUGAUAGCCGCCGAGCGAGGUCAUGUGAACGCUGUUCAGGCGUUGUUCCAGCUGGGAUGUAGCGUGAAUGCCGUAGACAAGGAAGGCUGGACCCCGCUCAUGAUUGCCUCCCGUGAGGGUCACACGUGCAUCGUGGACUGGUUGUGUAAGAACGGGGCGACGGUCGACGCGGUGAAUAACACCGGGCGGACGGCGUUGAUGAUUGCGUGUCGGCGCGGACACACGAAGGUGGUGGAGAUUUUACUGGGUAGAGGAUCGGACGUGAACAAAUGUGAUAAGAAGAAAUGGGACUCGCUGAUGUUCGCGGCACAGGAAGGCCAAAUCGAGACGAUAAAAAUUUUGUUGAAACACAAGGCGAACAUCAAACACGUAAACGAAAAGGGCUGGUCAAGUUUAAUGAUGGCGACUUGGUACGGGCACCUUAACGUCGUGGAGUUUUUAUGUCAACAAAAACACGCUGGUAAACUUUACAAAAUCAAAUCUUUAGACACGGGGUCUGAUAAGCAAUCGGAUGAUGAUGAUCUUAUUAAUAUGUCAAAUCACGAUGGCUAUACAGCUUUGCUUAUUGCUUGCAAAAAAGGGUUGGAAGAAAUUUUGUACGUUUUGUGUGAGCACAAAGCUAACAUGCAAGCGGUAAAUAAAGACAACAGGACAGCGUUAAUGCUGGCUUGUCAGAACGGACAUUUGAAAAUUGUGAAGGCGUUGGUCGAGAGAGGGUGUGCUGUGAACGCUAAAGACAAAAAGUCUAUGACAGCGCUGAUGUUCGCAGCGUAUGGUGGGUUUUUGGACAUGGUCCAGUUCCUGUGUAAUAACGGCGCUGAUGUUAAUGUCGUCGAUCAGGACGGCUGGAACUCUUUGAUGCUGGCCACGUCUCGCGGGCAUCUGGAGGUCGUCGAGUUUUUAUACCGCGACGGCUGCGACGUCCGGUUUCUUCAAGAACGCGGACUGAGCGCGUUGCAUAUCGCCGUGAAGCUCGGCCACCUCCAGCUCGUGCAGUUUUUCGUCAACAACAGCGAGCCGACCAACACGAGGUCAGGGGUCAUCAUCCUCCCUGCUGACCUCAACGGCAAGGACAAAUACGGCAACACCCCGCUGAUGUUGGCGUUAAAGAAAGGUAACCCUGAGAUCAUUGACGUGCUCCGGUCUGCUGGUGCCUCUGUGGGCAGCCUGACGGACAACCUGCAGUUCCUGUCCCCCAGGGGCGUCCUUAACCUUUCCAGUGACGCAGGGUCAAGUCCUCUGACGGAAACAUCUCCCUCCCACGCGGCGUGGAACUACAAUGAUAACGAUACGGAUGUUUUCUUCAUCAACAAGAACAUCCAGAGAUUGUUCAAAGGUACAGAGUUCAACAGCUCGCGGGAAGAAUUCUCAGACGUCAACACAGACUUCUCCUUUAGCAACGAAGACAACACCUCCGAGGUGGGGGAGAGGGCGAUCCUGCACCCCGGCACCCCCAACAUGCGGCUGGUGAAGCGACUCAGUAAGGCCAACAAAGGAAGAGCCAAGAAAACUGGCAAGUUUAUGUCAGUCCUACGUGACUCCAACCGACAGUUUUCCUGGGCACCCAUGGGGGAGGUGGGGCAGGCGUGA